AUGGAGAAACUUUAUGGUUCUCAUCCCUUGUUCAAAGGGGUGCCUGGGUUGAGUGUGUGCAGCAUCAAGCUUGACACCUUGCACACCUUGGAUUUGGGUGCCUCUGCCUAUUGUUUCGGCAGUGUUCUGUGGAGCAUUCUCAACCAGUUGCCUGGCACCAACAGAGCCUCAGCAUGUUUGAAGUGUUUUUUGACAAGCACCCCUGGGGUUGGGCAGUUGUAUGAUGACCAGGGUGCGCCUGCCUCCAACAGAAUGAAGCACCUCACCAUGGCUGAUUUAGGGGGUGGUGGUGAUUCUUAUCCAUGCCUGAAGCAUAUAAAGGCAGCCAAGGUCAGAGCUUUUUCGCCAGUAUGUGUGGCCCUUUGCAAAAUGUACCAGGAGGACAGGCAUGGAAAGCACAGGCUGGCAAUGGUGGUGGCCUUGGACAAGGCCUACAAGAUUUUGGGGAAGACGUGGCAAGAGUGGGAUGGGGAGGCAAAGAAAGAUUUCCAGGUGGCCAUGUGCACUUUCCUAAGCCAUUACAGUUGGCUGGCAGAGGACAGCAUGCAUGCAGGCAGGAAUUUGUACAGCUUGGUGCAAAAACACCACCUCCUCUGCCAUUUGAGCACUACUGUGGGUGAAUAUUUCCACCCUUCAUUGGCCCACACUUAUGGAUCAGAAUCUUUCAUGGGCAUAUGUGUGCGCAUGGGGUCCUCUUGUACCAGGGGGACACCAGGGCACAAAGUGCCACUGAAGAUCUUAGAGAAGUUCAGGCUAGUGUUUCACCUCUUUUUGGAGGGUCACAUCACUAUGGAGAUGGAAGCCAUGGAUGAGGAGUAA